UUUGUAAAUUGAAUGCUAAUGCCCCUUGGUGUUGUAUGUCACUUCUCUAUGCUAUUUUAGGUUUGUUGAAAUGCCGAAGGAAUACUAUGUUGUUUUCAAUGGCCGUAAUAUCGGCAUAUACAAUAAUUGGCCUCAAACUGAAGUUCAAGUAAGUGGUUUUAGUAAGGCUAAUUACAAAGGAUAUAACAAUUGGGAAGCCGCAAAACAGGCGUACUUGAAAUUUUUCAAUAUGAAGGAGUUGCCAACGACAAUUCAUUUACCUACACGAUUUCCUCCCACUAAUGAACAUGUGAAGCAGGACGAUGAUUGUCCCAGUGGUUGUAGCCGUAUAAUUAGAGAUCUGGAAAUGGAGUUGGAACAAACCCGAUUUGAGCUGGAACAAACUCGAAGGGAGCUGGAACAUAGCCAAUGUUCGCUUCAAUUGACUGUACGGGAGCUACAGAAUGCAAGGGAGGUGAAUGACAACUUCGGAGAAUUGAUUAGUGGCUUCGGGAAUGUUAACAUCGAUUAG